AUGGUUCUUUUUACUAUUGGAAUAUUUUAUGCACAUUCAAUAAAAGUCGAUAAUGCCGUGCGUCGGUUAAAUGAACCGAAACAGAAGCGUUCAAUAAUAUUUGAAUAUAUUAUGAAAAACUGUUCAGAGUUGUUAGUGGUAUAUCCAGAAUUUUACCAAGUUCCUCGAUUUGAACUAUGUGGAGGUUACGGUGUACCAGUAACGUUGGCAAAAUUAGCAAUACUAUUAUCAAUGCUCUACGAUAUCUAUUUAUUGUAUUCAUUGUAUGAUCUACCUGUAGUAAUAGCUAUAAUGGGAAGCAUAUCCUCUUAUUUCUUCUACGCAAAUCUUACAAAUAACAAGUGGACUAUCCAAUGCUUGGAGCUGGUCUUAAUAUUAGCUGCGUAUGUGAUGAUUUUUGGUCAAUAUUUACUGUCAAAUGUCGCUCAUGCUUUGAAACACUAA